CUAGACUGAGAGACGGUAUUGUACACAUGAUAUGAAGCACAAAUUGCUCGGCACAAGGAUUUCCUAGAAACACGCUGCACAUUAUAAGUGAAAAUAUAAUACUGCCUAUUCUAUGAUAAAUAUUUUUUCUCGCUUGACGACUCGAAUGCGCUCAUUAGGGAUAUUCCCAUGUUUGAAUUGAAAGUGCUACAGUGAACUUAUACUUUUAUGUUGAUUUAAUUAUAUUAUUUUACUUCAAGAAACUAACUAAAAUCAAAUAAGAUAUAUUAGUAAUGUCGGCUCUUGGCGACGGUAACAUGGGGAACGAUAGCAGCGCAGGGAGCAGUGGUGGAUUAGGCGAAGGUAGCGGUAAGACAAGCAAACAGCAACAACAACCGGCAAAUAUGUUACAAAGAAUCACCGGUAUAUUGGAGGAUAAGAGUAAUGAUUACUUGUGUCCGAUUUGUUUCGACCUUAUCGACGAGGCACAUAUCACACGUUGCGGACAUACAUUUUGUUACAGUUGUAUCGUGAAGUCAUUAGAAACCAAAGACCGUUGCCCAAAAUGUAGUUUCACGUUGAGCAAACAGGAUAUUUUCCCGAAUUUCCUAUUGCACGAGCUAAUAUUAAAGUAUAAAAUAAGAAGCAAAGGUCUCUCGCAGAUAGGCUCUUACGCAACGGAUGGUAGACGCAAAUCAGCAGGUACCGAUUCGCUGUCAUCUGCGUGUGACGGUUUGAGAAACAUCGUGGCUGCGGAAAGUGCUAAUCUCACUCUACCCGACGUGAAUGUAAUGUUAGAGGUGUUGACUCAACGGAAGCAUCUGCUUGAAGCGGAGACCUGUACGGCGCAGAAUAAACUGCUGCACGAAUUUCUGAAACAUUUGCUGCAACAGAAGGAGGAACAGAAGAAUCAGUUGCAAAAGGAGGUAGCGCUGAUCAAGAGAGACAUGGAAGAAGUGGAGAACAUUUUGAAGGACGUUCAGAACAAAUGUCCGCGAGUAGAGGAUCUGAAGAAAGUCAGCGAGCAUGAAACUGCGCAGGUGUCCGCUAUUAGAAAAGAGAUGCUCGGCCUUAUAGAUAUAAUAGACUCAAAUAUGGUGAAACCUAGCGAUAAGGCGGUCGGCAUGACCGACACUUUCUUCGCGAAUCAUCCGGGCGGGUCCGCUCAGAAACAGAACGAAUAUCAUCCGGGUGGUUCGACCUUGGCCAUACGACGGAAAAGGUUGCACGCGCACUUCGACGAUUUUGUGCAAUGCUAUUUCGAUUCGCGCGGUAAAGAGCUACUGCUCGGCCAGAAAUCGCAGUUAUCGCAAAAUGAAGCGCAAGCGCAGCACGGCGGUGCGCACAGUACGAGUUCUGGCUUGGAUGUGUUUCGUGAGAAUCUUGUCAAAUUCUCGCGGUAUAAUUCCCUGCGGUCGCUGGCUACGCUAAAUUACUCGUCGGAUAUCUUUAACAAUUCCACCAUUGUAUCUAGCAUCGAGUUUGACAAAGACAACGAGUUCUUCGCGAUUGCCGGUGUCACUAAGCGCAUCAAGGUAUUCGAUUACGGAGCCGUUAUACGAGACACUGUAGAUAUUCACUAUCCGUGCGUCGAAAUGGUCUCGAGUUCAAAGAUCUCAUGUGUUUCGUGGAACUCCUUCCACAAGGGAAUGUUGGCCUCUUCGGAUUAUGAGGGCACGGUGACUGUGUGGGACGCCACAACGGGUCAGCGCACCAAGGCAUUUCAGGAACACGAAAAGCGGUGCUGGUCUGUGGACUUUAACGAUGUGGACACCAAGUUGAUUGCAUCCGGCUCUGACGAUGCUCGCGUCAAAUUAUGGGCACUGAAUACGGAUUACUCCGUGGCGUCAUUGGAAGCAAAAGCCAAUGUCUGUUGUGUAAAGUUCAAUCCGCGCAGUUCGUGUCACUUGGCCUUUGGUUCCGCAGACCAUUGUGUGCACUAUUACGAUCUGCGCAACAUGAAGGAAGCGCUAUGCAUAUUCAAGGGUCACCGUAAGGCUGUGUCUUACGUUAAAUUCAUCAACAAGGAAGAAAUCGUGUCUGCCAGUACGGACUCGCAGUUGAAAAUGUGGAACAUUAACAAUCCACUUUGUCUGCGUUCCUUUGUGGGACAUGUCAACGAGAAGAACUUCGUUGGUCUUGCUACGGACGGUGAUUAUGUCGCUUGUGGAUCGGAGAAUAAUGCGCUCUAUGUAUAUUACAAAGGAUUGACGAAGCAACUGUUCUCGUACAAAUUUGACGCAGUGCGAAGCAUAUUGGAGUUACAAGACAGACGGGAAGAGGACCUGAAUGAAUUCGUGUCCGCAGUCUGCUGGAGGCAAAUGUCCAAUGUUGUGGUAGCCGCUAAUUCCCAGGGAAUUAUCAAAAUAUUAGAACUUGUUUGAGACAAUUAGGAAGAAUUGGUCGAACAAGUGACUGAAGGAAGCUCGACUACUUUUGAUUAAAAAUGGUCUGAAUGACCAUUGCAAAAAUAAAAAGACGAACCGAACGAUGUAAUAUAUGCGUGGAGUGUUAUUUAUGCAACAUUAAAGAAUUUAAUAAGAAUUAAUAAUUUUACGGGAAAGAGAAAGAAUUGAAUAAGAAUUAAAUAUUUAACAGAGAAAGGGAGGUCCAACUUUGAUAUUUGGCCUGAUUUGAUGAUAUUUAAAACAUUAUAUAUAACGCCAUAAUUUUUUUCUUUUCUC